AUGAAAUUCGGAAGCCUGGGAGCAAGGACAAUUCGGGAUCAGGUUCUUGACUGUCUCCACCAGAGUGACGUCGACCCAAGUGGUAACACACUAUUCCAAGACCCAUACGAACAAGCACCGCCCGAGGGGAAAGAUUUUGUUAUCGCAAUGAAUCCCGUUAAAGGCGCGGAUGCAUUGAAAAAUAAGACCGAGUGA